AUGAACGACGACAGCACAGCCUGCCGAACGCUGGGCUCGGCGGAAUCACCACUUGCGCUGCAACCGUCCAGUCCGCUGGCCGUCGCCGUCAUGGCGCCCGAUAAAAAGAUUGACGUCCUCGGCGCGCUGCCGGCACGUAUAGAACGAGAAAGGAUAUGGAACACACAAAACUUGGGACUGCGCCUCGGCUCUGACCUGCUGGCGGCCGCGAGCGCCGCGGCCUUGGUCGCCCCUGUGAUAUCCAUCAUUGACCGCUCCAUCAUGGAGAAUGCAUCAGGCUCCAAGACGCUGGGCGAUUCGAUCAAAUCCUCCUUCCGCACGCUGCUGCUUCGACCCCACGCCCUCCUCUUCUCCAAACCCGCCGCGCUCAUCUUCCUCGUCUACGGAAGCACCUACCUGACAGCCAACACACUCGACACUGUCUCCUCGACCGUCGCGAACAAGCCCGCCACCACCGUGACGGCUGGCACGGCUAAGUUUGCCGCCUCCUCGGCCGCCAACAUUGGUGUCUGCAUCUACAAGGACCAGGUCUUCGUGCGCAUGUUUGGUCCCCCCGGCGUCGUCCCGCGGCCCGUCACUCCAGCCUCCUACGCCCUGUUUGCCGUGCGCGACUGCAUCACCAUCUUUGCGAGCUUCAACGUGCCGCCGUUGCUGGGGCCCUGGAUCAACGAGCGCAUGGGCGCCGAGCUGAGACGCAAGGUCGACGGCAUGACCGUCGCCCAGUUCAUGGCGCCGGCCGCCGUACAGGCCGUUAGCACGCCGCUCCACCUGCUCGGCCUCGAUCUGUACAACAGACCGGGCAGCGGCGCCGUGGUGCCCUGGAACGAGAGGUGGGCCGCCGUCCGCAAGAACUGGGCCAUCAGCGUCGCUGCGAGGAUAGGCGCAUCGUGCCCGCUUUUGGCGUCGCGCGUUGUGACACAAAGGUCAGGCGGAACCUCAUGA